CGAAAGAACAAGAAUUUCAUUAAAAAAAAAAUUUAUUUCAACUUUAUUCUUCUUUGAAAAGAUUGCAGACAAAAUGUGUGAUAAAAACUGUGAGAAUUUAAUAGAUUUGAGCUUAGAAGAUGAAAAGGGAAAUUCAGAGACUCAAAGACUUGUUAUUGUUGAGAAGGACGUAGUUGCUGAAGUCAAAGAUACCAAGAAUCCUUUUGAUGUGGUUUUCGCUUCACCACUAUCAUUUGAAGACGGCCGUCUUGGAAACGAUCCAUUUGAUGAUAUAUUAAGGCAAGCAGACGAACGAAAUGAUCCUUUUGAAAUGCUGGAAAGAGAAGCUCGUCUUAAAGCUAAGCAGUUAAUUAAACAUCCACCAGUUGAGGGUAAUUUAGUAUUUUUGGAUAAUAUGUAUAGUAAAGUUGAUCCUCCGAUUAAUUCGGAAAUAGAAAGUCCUUCAAUGGCCUUAAGUGAAAUAUUGUUUCCUGAGAAUGUUGCCUGCGGUUCAUCGAGUGUAGAUAGUGAUUCAGCAACCGGAAGUAGCGCAGAGACAUCAGAAAACACUAAAUUGAAGAAAACAUCAGAGUACCGAAAAAGAUUAUUGAAAUCAACUUUAUCAAAGGCCAUGUGCAAUUCUCCUGUUACUAAGAAAUUAUCUCUAGAUGAACAAGAAUUGUUAGGCACACCUACAUCUUUUAAUUUAUCAAAGUCUUCACAAUUUGGCGAACCAUUACUUUCCGCGGAAUCACCUUUAAAAUUAAUUGACGAUGAUAUCAUUUCUGACGAGCCAGGGAAACGCAUGAACGCUGAACAAUUGUUUGAAGCUGAUUUGGAAAUGCUGAAAAUACCCAUACUGGAUGAAUUGCCAUCUUUAGAGAAAGAAAAUGUGGAUAAGAUUGAUGAUCUUAUCGACACAGAUAUGGUCAAUGCUAAAGGAUUCAAUGGUUUGCCCGACUUGGAGGCGAUUAAAGAAAAACUGAAAAUUAAACGCGGAGAAAACGUGGCUUGUCAACAAAAUAUAAACUCUCUAAUUUUUGAUCUGAAAUCCUUAAUAAUAAACGAAGGCGUAACAGACGAGGACAAAAAACGAAAAGCUGCCGAUAUUCUAGAAACUUUAAGUUCAGCAUUAUCGCAUUCUCAUGAAACAGAAGAGCACAAAGACUCUACAGGAAUUGUUGAACCUAUAAUCUCACCCAUGCAACGACAAGGAACCUUUGACAUAGAACUACAAAAAAACAGUGAGAAAGAUGAGCAACCAUUAAUUAACGAAAUGCAUGACUCUAUGGUUAGUUGUUCAGCUACAUAUAACGAAGAAACAAAAGAGGGGCGAGCUGCCUUAAAAUUGCCAGAAAUUGCGCCACUCUCUCCACCACCUUUGCCUAAAGCUGCAUCUACAUCAACUCAGUUAUCUAAACAAAAUGAUAUAAACGUUAACGACGUCGUAGAACAAAUUAGCAAACUUUUGGAACAAAGCAACAACGAAGCAAACUUACAAAAUAAUCACAAUCCCACUUUUAUAUUGGUCAUGAAUACACCUCGUGCCCAAAAAGUUGAUUCAGCUUCGUCAGAGGGCGCCUCCUUUCGCGAUCUUUCACCCGAUUGUGUUGUAAAUAGCAAUGGUCCUCGCAGAAGAGCUCAAUCAUUAUCUUUAAGUGAUCAGGUAAAAAUUGUAAAAUUACCUUUAAAAUCGCGUACACCAGAUUCUAAGCAAUCGGGAGAGCUAGCACCUGUUAAUACAACACCUCCUAUAAAAGAUGAAGAGCUUAAGGGUGUUAAAACGCCUGCCCGGAUAAUGAGACGUAACUCGUUUUCGAGUAAUACUUCUCGUACAACUGAUACAGCUUUUUUAAGACCUAUACCUAGAUCUGAUGGCAAAUCUAAUAAUUAUGUACGCAGAACUCAACCCCUCGAAACUCAUCCGGAAAGCAUACAACAGCAACAACAACCUAUUGUCAAACCAAUUCUAAUAUCGAAGCAUUCAAUGCCCAAAUUUAAACCAGUAUUACGAAAAAGAUCGAAAUCAAACGCAGAAUCCAUAAUGAAAUCUUCAGCACCUCUCAAGGCCACUUUACCGGUAAAAAAAAUAGCACCGUUGACAAAACCUAAUAUAAUAAUAACGCCCGAUCAAUCAAUAAAAUCGCAAAUGAGUCAGUCCUCGUUGCGUGCAAACGGCAGCGUGCAUCUAACACCAAAACCAAUGGGAGCUUCCGUGAGCAGUAUCGGACAUCCGAAGGCUUCGUCAACACCGACUGUCUUGGUAUCACCAAUAAAACGUAAUGCCAGUGCCACUAAAGUCCGAAAUACCCGUCUAUCAAUUAUACCUAAUUCUAAAAGUUCAACUUUAUCAAUAAAUUCUGAUAUGACUGCCUUAAGAAGACGUACUAUAUCUGAGUUUAAAGCAAAAUCUCCUCAUAAACCUAAAGUAAGCGGCGCUUCAUCCUCAUCUUCUCGACCUUCGAUGGGGGCUCCACGUUUACCUAUAGUCAAGCCGAUUAAUAAAACAACAUCUACCGGAACAAUUUCUAAAACGACUAAUCGUGCUGGUUCGAGAGCAUCUGUGUCUGGUGCUUUGUCUCGUAAUAAAGAGAACAAGCGUCCUUAAAUAUACAUAUAUAUAAAUAUAAAAAAUUAUUAUUAU